UUCGCGCUAGGGCUCAGGUUCAGCCUGGUAAGAUCUACACGCCAUUCUAAUAAACUCGUCCUUUUCAGGUUCCCAUCGCGCUUGUUGGCUACUGCGAUUUUGACAGAACCACCAGUCAGGAAAACUAUGCCUUCAGGUAUCAACAUCGAGCGUUUCUACGCUGACCAACGCACGCCUUUCUGCAGCCUUGAUGUCGCGAAAGCUUUCAAUCAGCUGAGUUUGAAGGAGAAGAAGUAUGCCCACUAUGUUUCUCAAGCAAGUUGGGCUGGUGCCCGUAUUAUCCAAGGCCAAUGGACUCCCGAAGCAACCUCGCUAUACGACCUUCUCAUUCUCACGUUCAGUGACGACAAAGGCAAGCUCGCGAACCUGGAUGAAUUAAAGACAAAGGCGGGUCUUUCAGAUGAAGACUGGGGCAACGUCUUGCAGUAUUCCUCUCAGGUCUUGAGCAACCUCGUCAACUAUCGAUCGUUCGGAUUCACGAAGAUCAUCCCGCGUAUUUCACAAGACAAAUUUGGAGACGUUAUCAAAAGCUCUGCAAAUGCGAAUGAAGCGGUCCCUCUUUGGGAGAAUCUCAAGGGUUAUAUUUACGCAACGGAGCCGGAAUCUACACUUACCAUAGGAAAACGCACAGACGGUCACAUCUCCAACUACUAUAUCGGGGAGCCUAUCACAGAUGAUGAAGUCGCUGCCGUACAAGCCGCAGCGGAGAAAGAAAAAAUUGACGUCUUGAAUACCCGCGUCGAGAAAGUGGACAAAUCGAAGUUCAUCCUCCAUGUUGCAUCCGCCGACUCAAUGGAAACAUUGUCGCACCAAAUCAAGAUCAAUGACACGGAGGUUACCCUUGAAGUGCGAUACGGAGAUUUCUCCUCGGCAUUACGCAAGACUGUCGAUGCACUUACAGAGGCCAAAAAAUAUGUGGCAAAUGAGAAUCAAGAGAAGAUGCUCGACGGCUAUAUCGAGUCAUUCAAAACCGGCUCAAUCGACGCACACAAGGAAGGUUCCCGAGCAUGGGUGAAAGACAUAGGUCCCGUUGUGGAGUCAUACAUCGGCUUCAUCGAAACCUACGUCGACCCUUACGGUGCGCGAGCAGAGUGGGAAGGGUUCACCGCUAUCGUAAAUAAACAACUUAGUGCAAAGUACGAGAAACUCGUCGAGCGUGCCCCAGAGCUCAUCAAGAGCUUGCCGUGGGGUCCGAACUUUGAGGUUGACGUGUUUAGGAAACCGGACUUCACUGCUCUUGAGGUGGUCAGCUUUGCAACUGGAGGUAUCCCUGCAGGAAUAAAUAUCCCCAAUUACUACGAAAUUCGCGAAUCGCUCGGUUUCAAGAACGUAUCCCUCGCUAAUAUCCUCGCCGCGAAAUCACCAAAUGAAGAACUAACCUUUAUCCACCCUGAUGACGUCGACCUGUACAACGCCUGGGAUUCUCGCGCCUUCGAACUCCAAGUCGCAAAUCAUGAGCUCUUAGGUCACGGUUCAGGCAAGCUGUUCCAAGAGGAUGCGGACGGGAAGAAGAACUUCGACCUUGAAAAGAUAAUCAAUCCACUUACUGGGAAACCGAUUACUUCGUGGUAUAAACCGGGGCAGACUCCAGAUUCAGUCCUCGGUGAAGUUUCCUCGUCAAUGGAAGAGUGCCGCGCUGAAACAGCUGCUCUUUACUUGGCAAGCAAUGAGGAAAUACUUGGUCUUUUUGGCUAUACCACCAAACAGGAUUCUGAGGAUAUCAUAUAUAUCACUUUCUUGCUUAUGGCGCGCAUGGGACUUCGGGCACUCGAAUUUUACGACCCCAAAACAAGGAAGCACGGACAAGCCCAUAUGCAAGCUCGUAUGGGUAUUACACAGCACCUGGUGCGAUCCGGCAUCGCACGUGUAGAGGAAAUACGCAGCACAGAUGGUGUUCUGGAGAACGCCUACAUCCGAGUUGACCGUGCCAAAGUGCUUUCGGUUGGAAAAGAUGUCGCCGGAGAACUUCUUGUUGACUUGCAAGUUCGCAAGAGCACUGCAGACGGGCCCGGCGCUCGCAGAUUCUACACUGAGUUGACAACGCCUCUGCUCAGCUGGGAUGGAGAGUUGCGAGAUUUGGUACUCAAGAAGAAGCAGCCUCGUAAAGCAUUUGUACAGCCGAACACAUUCGUCGUUGAUGAUGAAGUGGUGCUCAAAGAAUAUCCUCUCACCGCGGAAGGAGCUAUCGAGAGUUUCAUCGAAAGGAAGCUCUGAUGUUGAUGUGAGCGGUGUGAUUUCGUCAGAUUGAAUUGACAGGAACUUUAAAAUAUUCCUUUCAUCAGCUUUUGGACUAGAGUGAGAAUAAUGUACUGUAUAAAUGUUAUCGGGCCAUAUGGGAAGGUAAACAGGGACUGGAUGGAGUUGGAAGUACUAGUAUUUGCUUGGAAAAUUCCGGGAUGAUCUUGCCCAAGAAGUAGCAUUGCCUCGAUUGACAUACGCCCUCAUCUGAUGGGUUUCCCUUUCUUUGGCUGCGGAUGUAUACGUUCUGAGCUUCCAAUCCAUCACGGGGCCGAGGACCCCUUAAAUUCCUUUUCUCAUGAAAUUC